GCAUGAUUUGUUUUUGAACUUCCAUUUGAACCCAAGUUUGAACCUAAUUUGAACCAUCGAUCAACAUUUUUACACAGCAUCAAAGUUGGCUCUUUUUUGCGUGACAAAUUUGUUCACAAACACGGAAUAAUGAAUGGUCUAAAAAAGACAACAAAAUUGCAGCGCUCAGUGACGCCGUCCAAAAUUCCGCUCCGAAGUCCAAGCAAAGAGAUGCUGAAGCCUCCAACCCGUAUUCUCAAACCGUCCAGCACUGAUUUGUCGCUGACGGACGUCCAGCCAGUUGUGUUCGACCUAAAUGGUCGCAAAGUUAAGACUAACCCCCCUAAAGAUGUCCAACAUAAAACCGAUUCAGAAGCCGUAUCGGCAGAGCCCGGAGCCGCUUUGCCAUGCAAAGAAUUAGUCAAAGUGCCAUCGAAUUCGUUUAUUUCUACGGAACAGAAAGCUUUUCAGCGUAUCGUUGACCAGGAGGGUGAGCUUAUCAGAUCGAUCCAGCAAAAGUUCGGUCUUGUCAAACCGCCCACCCAGGAACUAAUGGACAUCCUCAAUUCCUCGAUAGGAGACGGCGGCGAUCUUGGAGCGCUUCAAAAACAUUGCGUGUUCAGCUACACCUACGAUGAAGGUGAUGAGGGCGUUCUCAGUUCUUCGGGUUGUUGCAAAGAAGGCUGCCUGGAAAAAGGCGCCAGCCGAUGCAGUUUUAUGAACGUUCAUGAGGAUGAUAUUUCGAUGCCGAUGAAAGAACAACGGCGGGGUUCGUCAACCUGUCAAGCUAUCUGGAACGUCAUGUCGGUAGUGAUAAUCUUGUUGUUGCUAGCAAUUAUCCUUGUGCAAAAUUAUGACACUGUGAUCGUCAGCUGGAACGGAUACGAUUGGUUAAGGAAACAAAUACCCCCUGAACCGGAAGAACCGGAAACCCUCAUUGAGAAAAUGAUUAAUUUUUUGCUCAGAUUUUGGGUUAACCUAAAGGACGUAAUUGUGCUUGACGACUUGGAAGAAGAACUUGAGGAAAAAUCAAUUUGAAAAUUGUUAGUGUGUUCAUACUCUUAACGUGUUUAUGGCAAUAAAGCAAUGAUAUACAAAGUAUAA